UAAUAUUUAAUCUAGUAAAACAAUGUAAGUGCUUGAAGAGCUGGCAGCUGAAGAACUCCUUAUUGUCCUCGAAGAUGAAGAGAGUUUCCCCUGGUUUCAGUGGAAAUUGUACUCCAGGGUUUUUGAAGGAUUCCUGGUUCAAAAGUUUUUAUCUCACGAAUAUAUUCGUAAUUAUAGCAAUAGGAGGGAUUGGCAAUCUUCUAACGAUUGUAUCUGUCUGCUGUGUUUUUUUAAAGAACCCUUCGACCAGACUAAAAUAUCCAUGGAUAAAAAAUCCUUUAAUAAUUCUGUUAAGUGAUUCCAGGGACCAGAAUCACUUUGUUGAUUCCAGGGACCGGAUCUCAGUUUCCAGUUCCAACCAAAACUACUGCGCAUGCGUUUAGAAAAAACUCAGAGCAUCUUCCGGGCCUUUGUCAGUUUUACUUCAGCGGAAAGUUCUAGAAUCAUUUUAAGAUUGAUAUUUGUUCCGUGAGGAUUCGUAUAAAAAUUUCGUCACAUAUUUCAAGUUUUUACGAUUUGAGUUUAUAUCUUUAGUAAAAGAAGCUCGUUAUUGAGUACUAGGUU